AUGGAUGUCGACGAUAGAAACGAGAGACGGGAGGAUUUCCUGUCGAAUGGACAUAAUUUGGGAGAAUUGCCUCAAGGAAUCCUCGAGGUUAUACGGCUGGAGAGCUCUCCGCGAUUCCUGGAUGCGCUCGCCGUUGCAGCUCUCAAGCCUGAAUUGACGCUGCGGCUAUUUACGAGAUAUGAGGAUAUAUUCGCAGAUACUUCUGCGAGGUGGAUUGGGAGGGAAAGGGGAGGAAGACAAGAUGUGGGAGUGAUCGGGGCUUUUGCGCGUGUUCUGCCUCUUGCGCCGCAUCUGUCGACCUUUCUGGGAAAAUAUUUGGAGAGUACUACGACACCUGGACACGACGGACCAAGCGCUAGGAUAGAAAGCCUAUGGGUAGAGGAUAAUGGGCUGGACGCUUUGGGGCUCCAACGCAUAUUUCUGGCAACUCUACGGCUCCUCAACCUCAGCAAUCAAAAUGCCUUCUCUCAAACGAUUUCGAGUGCGAAUAUCCAAGGCUAUCUGAAGCAUGCAGAUAGAGGAGUGCGAUAUUUGGCUGUCAGAAUACUCUGCCAUUUAUGUUACGCUUCGGAAUCUAAGCUCGAAGCCAUGGUCGAGGAGCAUGUUGGAAAGUCGGAGGCCGUAAUGGGAGACUUUGACGGUCGACAGGUGGACUACGGAUUCUUGAGCCUGUUUGAGGGAAAGCGGCUGAAAGAUGCUACCGAAGCUCUGCGGAAUAAAAAACCCAUCAUCACGUCAAAUCUGGAAGGGCUAUCGGACUUGGUUGUAAAAUAUACAAAUACUCUACUUCCCCGACCCAAUGGACCCCCAGCUCGAUCUUCUACUCUAGUGCAUACCACAACUACUUCGCACAACAUGGAAUUGUUUGCCAAAGCACUCCUCUCCUCUUCCCCAAUACUGCUUCAUGGGCUGGCGGGUUCCGGAAAGACAUCGCUUGUUAAUGACUUUGCCCGAGAACUUGGGGUAGACUCGAACAUGGUCACCCUCCACCUGAAUGAACAGACUGAUGCAAAGAUGCUAAUCGGAAUGUAUGCGAGUGGUUCGAAGCCCGGAUCCUUCACAUGGAGAGCCGGUGUCUUGGCGACGGCCGUCAGAGAAGGCAGAUAUGUAUUCAUUGAGGAUCUCGACCGAGCACCAAAUGAAGUUAUCAGUGUCAUCCUACCCCUGAUCGAGCGUGGAGAACUUCUGAUUCCCAGUCGUGGCGAAACAGUCAAGGCAGGGCGUGGAUUCAGGCUUCUCGCCAGUAUCCGAACAACUCUAAGUGUCACUGGGCAUGAGAACCCGCCCGCCUUGCAUAUGCUUGGAGCUCGUUUGUGGCAGCGAGUACCUGUCCAGAUGCCGAAUCAAGAAGAAUUCACAGACAUCAUCAAUGGCACUUAUCCGGUCUUGCAUAAGUUCCUGCCUGGUAUCAUCAGUGUGUAUGAGCGAUUAUACACAUUGUCGCAAAAGCCGGCUUUCGCCUCGAAGAGUCGGACAUCCCUCGGAAGACCAAUUAGCCCUCGUGAUCUUCUCAAGUGGUGCCGCCGGUUAGAUGGUAUUCUCAAGACAGCAGGUUCGAGAACUGGCGACGAACCCAUCACUGAUGCUGUCAAGUAUGAGAUGUUCCUGGAAGCUACGGAUUGCUUUGCUGGCAGUCUGCAGUCAGAUGAUACCCGCAGGACAGUUAUUUCUGCCAUUGCCGAGGAGAUGCACAUCGAUCCUCAACGCGUUGAGCAUUUCCUGACAUCCCAUAUUCCACGAUACGAGGAUGGCGAGAAGGAGCUCACUAUCGGGCGUGUGCGCCUACAGAAGAGACCUGCCAAUCGCGUCACUAAACCAAAGAAAGCCAGACCGUUCGCUAACACUGCCCAUGCCAAGCGAUUGCUCGAGCAGGUCGGAGUCGCUGUGAAAAUGAUGGAGCCAGUGCUUCUCGUAGGUGAAACUGGUAUCGGAAAGACCACCGUCGUUCAACAGCUUGCAGACUCCCUCGGAUACAAGCUCACCGCUGUUAACCUGUCACAGCAGAGUGAAGUUGGCGAUCUUCUCGGUGGCUUCAAGCCUGUCAACAUCAGAAGUCUAGCUAUCCCGCUCAAAGAAGAAUUUGAUGACCUCUUUGAAGCCACAGGUAUCUCUGUGACCAAAAACCAGAAGUACAUUGACUCACUGGGGAAAUGUGUCGCAAAGAGCCAGUGGAGUAAAGCCACCAAGCUUUGGCGCGAAGCUCCAAAGAUGUUCGACAAGAUUUUGUCCGAGUUGAUGAAGAAGGAGAUAUCUAGUGGACGAUCGGUCGAGCAGCCGGUGAAGCGUCGCAAGACCGAGACAAGGCUGCAGUCAUUAUUGCAACUGAAACCACGAUGGGAAAGAUUUUCUCAGAGCUUGGCUCAAUUCGACAUCCAGCUGUCCGGUGGCUCAAAAGGCUUUGCUUUUACUUUCGUGGAGGGAAACAUCGUGAAAGCUGCUCGGAACGGUGAUUGGGUGCUUCUCGACGAAAUAAAUCUUGCUUCGCCCGACACCCUGGAGAGCAUUGCAGACCUGUUACACAGCGGCUCUGGCGGCUCGCCAUCAAUCUUGCUCUCGGAGACGGGUGAGAUUGAGCGUGUGAGAGCUCAUCCAAACUUUCGCAUAUUCGGUGCCAUGAAUCCCGCCACUGAUGUCGGAAAGCGGGAUCUCCCAAUGGGACUGCGAUCGCGGUUUACUGAGAUUUAUGUUGAGAGUCCUGACCGUAACCUGGAUGAUCUUCUUGGUGUCAUUCAAGCUUAUUUGAAAGGCAACAGCAGUAAUGACGAGAAAGCGGCUCACGAUGUUGCUCGACUGUACCUCAACACGAAGCGUCUCGCAGACGACAAGAGAUUGGUGGAUGGAGCCAAUCAAGUUCCGCAUUUCAGUCUUCGAACCCUGACCCGUGUGUUGAGUUAUGUGGUUGAGAUCGCUCCUUCAUAUGGACUGCGUAGAGCUUUGUAUGAAGGUUUCGCCAUGGGUUUUCUCACCCUUCUUGACAGAGAAUCUGAACGGCUGCUCAUACCAUUGAUCGAUCACCACUUGUUGAGCGGCCAUGGUAACCCUCGUGCUCUUCUGGCCCAGACUCCUCGUCGACUCGAUGAUGGGAAGCUGUAUAAAGCAUUCACGAACAAGAACAAGGACCGCCAAUAUUGGAUGCUUCAGGGCUCAGACAUACCCCAGGAGCAGUCUCAUUACAUUCUGACCCCUUCCGUUGAACGUAACAUGCUGAAUCUGGUCCGCGCUACAUCUACACGACGCUUCCCCGUUCUAGUUCAGGGUCCGACCUCUUCUGGAAAGACGAGUAUGAUCGAGUAUCUGGCAAAGUUCAGUGGCAACAAGUUCGUCCGAAUUAACAAUCACGAGCACACUGAUUUGCAAGAAUACCUGGGUACUUACGUGUCUGGCGCUGAUGGACAACUACGCUUUCAGGAGGGCCUUCUCGUUCAAGCUCUCCGCCAAGGACACUGGAUCGUGCUCGAUGAGUUGAACUUGGCACCAACCGAUGUGCUGGAAGCUCUAAACAGACUGCUUGAUGACAACCGAGAACUCCUCAUUCCUGAAACCCAAGAGAUUGUCCGGCCUCACGAGAAUUUCAUGCUCUUCGCUACUCAAAAUCCGCCAGGACUUUAUGGUGGUAGAAAAACACUUUCGCGAGCCUUCCGAAAUCGUUUCUUGGAACUUCACUUCGACGACAUCCCACAAGAGGAGUUACAUACCAUCCUGGAAUACAGAAGCAAGAACGUCGCACCCUCGGACUGUAAGCGAAUCGUACAAGUGUACAAGGAUCUGUCCAGUCUCCGUCAGUCCAACCGCCUCUUUGAACAAAAAGAUAGUUUCGCCACCCUCAGAGAUCUUUUUCGUUGGGCUAUGAGAAACGCAGAUACCCGCGAGCAGCUAGCUGCGAAUGGAUACAUGCUCCUCGCAGAGCGCGUUCGAAACCCAAUUGAGCGAACAGCUGUCAAGGACAUCAUUGAGAAAGUCUUCAAAGUCACAAUCCAUCCCGCUUCUCUUUACAACGGCGAACUCUCUCCCGAGAUCAAGGCCUACAAUGAGACGUCGAAUUCUCAAGGCGUGGUCUGGACACAUGCUAUGCGGCGUCUCUACGUCCUCGUCGCUCACGCUCUUCGCAAUAACGAGCCUGUUCUGCUUGUCGGUGAGACGGGAUGCGGAAAGACGACCGUUUGCCAAAUGUUAGCCAACGCUUUUGGAAAAAAGCUGCAUGUUGUCAAUGCGCAUCAGAAUACCGAGACGGGAGAUCUUAUUGGUGCACAGAGACCCGUGAGAAAUCGCGCAGUAAUUUUGGAACAGCUGAAGCAGGAUUUGAUUGCUGUGCUGGGCGGUCUUGGGCAGUCUGUCGAUCAGGAUGAGAAAGUUGAUGUUUUGAUAGCUGCGUACCGGGCUUUGCCUUCAUCGACCGUUUCGCAAGCACCAGACGAAUUUCGUCAGAGGAUUGAGGCGAACCAAGGGAAGGCAAAGGCUCUUUUCGAGUGGUCUGACGGAAGUCUCGUCCAGGCAUUGAAGGAUGGCGAAUUCUUUCUGCUCGACGAGAUUUCCCUCGCUGAUGAUUCUGUACUCGAACGCCUCAACUCAGUCCUCGAAACUCAGCGAACAAUAUUACUCGCGGAAAAGGGAGUCGAGAACUCCUUCGUAGAAGCCGCCGAUGGUUUCCAAUUUUUUGCCACCAUGAACCCCGGUGGUGACUACGGCAAGCGCGAAUUGUCCCCUGCCCUGCGAAAUCGCUUCACUGAGAUCUGGGUGCCUUCGCUGUCUGAGCAUGAGGAUGUCUUUCAGAUUGUUGAAGCCAAGCUGGAUAGCAAGUUCAAGCAUUUGUCGAAGGCUAUGGUGUAUUUCGCCGAGUGGUUUGGAGAGAACUAUCGCUCUUCCGCGGCAACUUCGAUUUCGGUCCGAGAUGUAUUGGCGUGGGUCAAGUUCAUGAAUGGCUCUUCUUCAAGCGAUCCGUACUUUGCUGUUCUGCACGGUGCGGCUAUGGUCUACGUUGAUACUUUAGGUGCCAACCCCGCGGCUCUGCUGGCUAUCAACCCGGAAAACAUCGUAGAAGAAAGAAAGAAGUGCUUACAAAAGCUCACCACUCUUCUCAACUACGACAUCAGCUCGAUCUACUUCAAGCCUAUCGGGCUGGUCAAUGGUGAGGACUCGCUUAUCAUAGGAGACUUCUCCAUCCUUAAGCAGUCUGGAUCAGACUCUGACCCGGGCUUUGCCUUGAACGCACCAACAACUAAAUUGAACGCUAUGAGAGUGGUACGCGCGCUUCAAGUUCAAAAGCCAAUUCUUAUUGAAGGCAGCCCAGGGGUCGGAAAGACCACUCUGAUCGCCGCUCUAGCUCGCGCAUGCAAUCGCCCUCUCACGCGUAUCAAUCUAUCGGAGCAAACCGACCUUAUGGAUCUCUUCGGCUCCGAUAUUCCCGUCGAAGGUGCAGAAGCCGGCCACUUUGCCUGGCGCGACGCCCCUUUUCUGCAAGCCAUGCAAAACGGCGAAUGGGUGCUCCUCGACGAAAUGAAUUUGGCCUCGCAAUCCGUUCUCGAAGGUCUCAACGCCUGUCUCGACCACAGAGGCGAAGUCUACAUCUCCGAGCUCGACCAAACCUUCAAGCGCCAUCCUGAUUUUUCCGUCUUUGCGGCGCAGAACCCACAUCAUCAAGGGGGUGGGCGAAAGGGACUGCCAAGCUCAUUUGUUAAUCGCUUCACGGUUGUGUAUGCGGAUGUGUUCCGGAACGAUGAUUUGAAGCUUAUUUGCAAGCACAACUUUCCCGCGAUGGAGGAUAAGACUUUGGAUACGAUGAUCCGGUUUGUGGAAAAGCUUGAGCAUGAAAUUGUGCGUGUCAGGCGAUUUGGAUCGCAGGGUGGACCGUGGGAAUUCAACCUGAGAGAUAUCCUCAGAUGGCUCCAACUGCUCGAGUCGGAUGCCCCGUUGCUUGCGGCUACGAAUCCGUCGGAUUUUCUGAACUUGAUCUUCAGACAACGAUUCAGAACCACCAAGGAUCGUCAGGAAAUUGACCGGAUAUUUGCCCAGAUCUUUUGCCAGAAUGUGCCGUUCCGCCAUUUCUUCCACAACACCAGUUCUUCCGCGUACCAAGUCGGCUUGUCUUACAUGGCGAGAGACCCUUUGAUUCAGCGGUUGCCAUUUCCAGCUGCCGAUCUCACCAAACGUUUGCCGGAGAUCGAGUCAGUUGUGAUCUGUAUACAGCAAAAUCUGCCAUGUAUAUUGGUAGGUCCAUCAGGAUCUGGCAAGACGACAAUUAUCGAGCACAUUGCAGCCACCAGUGGAAAAUCCCUCGUUGUCUUCCCACUCAAUGCCGACAUUGACACUAUGGAUCUCGUCGGAGGAUUCGAACAAGUGGACCCCCAGCGUCAAGCUAGCGCUUUCCUCACCGAGCUGAAAGACUUCCUCAAUACCAAGAUCCUGUCCUCCCUCCCAGCCGAGGUUCCUGGCGAAGCAUUUGAAGUGCUUUCCCUCCUCAAUCAAGAGGCCCGCUCAACACCAUCCCACUUCACUGGCCUUGCCUCUCUCCUUCGUGCCCUAUUCUCAAAAACUUCCCUCACAGCCUUCGAAAAUCUCGCUACCACGUGCGCACAGUUCGCAACCCGUCCUCUGGCCGUCGAAAACGCUCGUUUCGAGUGGGUCGAUGGCGUGCUUGUUAAAGCCCUCGAGCAAGGCUCCUGGCUUGUCCUCGAUAAUGCAAAUCUCUGUAGCGCUUCUGUUCUUGAUCGCCUCAACUCGUUGCUCGAGCCCAACGGCUUUUUGAGUAUCAAUGAGCAUUGUGGGCCGGAUGGCAAGCCGAAGGUUGUGAAGCCGCAUUCCGAGUUCCGAAUUUUCCUGACGAUGGACGCACGGUUUGGAGAAUUGUCGAGGGCGAUGAGGAAUCGGGCUGUGGAGAUCUUUGUCGAACCUUGGACAAUCGCUAUGGAGGAGCAGAGUUGUUUGAUCAUGACGAAGCCAGAGUCGAGUAUGCUAAGAUAUCAGAAUUUGGCCCAGAGUUUGGAGUCCUGUCCCACGGAUUUGGCAAAAGCUCGACUUGUUUGUUCUGCGGCUCUGGACAAUCUUUCCUGGUCCGAUAUGCCAAUUCUAGACAGAUUUUCUAGGGCUUGUCAAAAUAGCGACCUCGCAGAAGUUGGCGCCGUAAACUUCGAGGCCAUAUGCCAGCCAUACGGCGAGAUUUACCAGAGUAGCUCCAAUCAGCACCUGAGAGUGGCCAUCGGCGAGUUGCUCGGAGGACUCGCGAUCAAGACCAACUUAGCUGUGGAUAGCUUCAGAGAUGCGCAAAUCAUUCAUCCUCUGCAGAACUCACUUUUGGAAACUCUUCUUAGCCAAUCUGCAAACCCCGGGCAAGUAUUCUGGCUAGGUGCUAUCGUCAACUUCAUUGUCGACAUCACUGCUGCAAAAAAUGCCCAGGCGGAACAGGAGAUAGGCCUCGAUACUUUGAAGCCCAGCAAGAUGAACAGACUUCAACGAUCCCUCGUGAAAGCCCGCGUUCCGAUCGUUAAUAAAGAUUCAACAGUCAACGUCUCAGGAUUUCUGCGCAACACCCUCCAGGCUCUCUCCGUCUACCUACAAACACACACUGGUUCGAAUGCGCAAUGGAACGACCAGAGGUACGCAUUCCAGUCCCUGCUCCGAUACUGGUGGAAUACCUUCCAACUAGCCACAUCUACCGACUUCGAAGAAUCAACAUUCCAAGCCCAUCUCGCCAUCGGUAACGACAUGCUCACUGCCCUCACCACAAGCUCACAAUCACAAGAUUCGCCCAUCACGAUCUUCACUGAGAGCCUCUCAGCAGACUUCUCAUCGGGCUUCAAGCUAACCACAGGCCUCAGCAUGGAGCUCCUCUGGCGUAAGCUCCGGCCUACUGUCAUCCCAAACCUUCGCGUCAUGCAAACACUCACGAAGAUGAAAGCACUAGCCAACCGCUUCGAUGCUCUGAGAUGGAAGACCGCAAUCUCAGUCGCUGAGCAGGGGCACAUCAUGACUUCUCUUGUGAAAGCUUACAAAUUGAUUCUGACGAGCGAUGUUGAUGGCGCUAUUUUGAUCUCUACGCUAGAGACUGAGAUGCGGAACCUGGAACAGAGUAUUGGGUCUCUGGCUGAAGUUGAGGAGAAUAAGGUUAUGCCGUUCUUUGCAAGCCAAUUCGAGGCUUUGAGACAAUUCCGGACUUUAGAUGGGAUGCGCUCUGGCUCUGCUUGUGAACAAACUAUUGACGUCGAUUCUGCUAUCCUGGCCAAUCAUCCUACGACGUCUGAGAUGCAACUAGCGAGCGCGACAUCCAGCUCGAGAUCUCUAGAGACUGUCGAUUAUCUUCUUGGUGAUGGAUUGAAGUCUGUUGCUGACAAGUUUUCGGUGGAGAUGUUGACGACAUUCAAUGGUGUCAGCGAAGUGGACUUGAAGAGUCUGAAACUUCUUGAGGCUGAAUUGCCGUUUCUUGGAGAGAAAAUUUCCAAGUCCAGCGAGACGCUGUCGAGAGAUCAUGUUGUGGAUCUUAACGAAGUUCUGUCGAACUUGAUUCUGGAGGUUGUGUCUGCACAUGGGGAAGAAAUUACAUCGCACUUUGUUUCUUGGUGCCAGUCGCUACCUUCGAGUAUCGAGUCUAGUCCUAUCGACUUCAGCCUCGGCAGCAAUCCGAUAUCAUAUGCGCAGAACGAGGUUGUUAUCUCGAGCCACUUACAAGAAGUCCUUACAAACCACUUCAGCUCAUCCGCACUUUCCGUACUGGUCGCUCGCUCCCAGCCAGAUAACAGACUGCAAUUCUCUUCCCUAGCAUGGGUCACAUUUGCCAUCGGCUGUAUCACCCUGUACGUACCAGACCGUGCUUUCGAUCCCGACAAGAGACAAAGACUCGAACGCCAACGCCACGGAGAGCACCGUCAAGAUAUCCAAGACAGACUUGAUGCUCUCCGUCAGUUUGAACGCAUGUUUUCGGGCCAGGAGUCUAACCUCCGCUGCCAGCUUCUAGAGACUGAGCUUGCAGAACUUGGCGAGCCACCCGAGGUGUUGCAAGAGGUUUAUCGACCCGAGAAAUCGGAGAUAGAUCAAUUGCAAGGUGAGUUCGGAAACUUGCUUAAAUCUGUCCUUGGUUCGGGCCUUAGGGAUACGCUCACCAACUACUUCAAUGACGGUGAUGAGACUGGGCUCCAGCAAAUCAAGCUUGCACACCAUAACGUCUCUCAAAUUAUCCGAAGACUCUCAGAGCGAUUCUGUGCAUACAAUGACUUGACCGCACCGGUCAUCAGUAUGCUUCGCUGCUUGCAGAUCGGGUUAUCGAUGGCCACUCUGGUCUCUGCCACACCAUCUGCCAAGAACGAGAGUUGUUUGGCGCUCAGCAAGUCCACUCCUUUCCUUGGAGGGGGGCCGACUCCUCUCGACGAGGACAUCAUCGCCACCCAACCUAUGGAGUACCUCGCCAUCAUCGCCACGACAGCUGCUACAGAGAAUAUUUCCUCAUUCGGAUCCAGUGCUCGCCAAGCUCUAUUCAAAGGUUUCCACGGCUGCUACGACCAGUGGAAAAAGCGACUCGAAUCUGAUCGUCUCGAAGCUCAAACCAACUCUGGGCUGUACGUAUUCAGAGGCAGUGCUGAAGACGAGGAGGAAGACGAUCAAGAGCAGUUCAACGAUCUGUUCCCGACCUAUGGUGACGAGACUGCGGAUAAAAAGGGCGUCACGCCCGCUCAAUUCGGUGUUAGAGAGACUGCCAUUGGGCUAUCAAAGGUCCACUCGGAGGUCUUUUUGGGUAACACGCAGUCCAGAGAUAGCAUGCUUUCCAUCAUUCGCCAGAUUUCUAGGCGCAUUGGUUCUUUGCAUGAAGAUACCGCGGCAUUCACCGAGCGCAAGAUGACUAGAGCUCUGCUGCCUGGAACGCUGCUUCUUCUCAAUGACGAAAUCGAGUCUUUGAAUUCAAGCACUACCGUCCCCGAAGACUACAAUUUUUACACCUCACCCCACCUCCCCGAAACCCGCCAGCUAGUCACCCUCAUUCAACAAAUCAUUGCGCGUUUCGUUGCCCUCCAAGCUGUUGACGAAAUCGGACACAUGCAACCACUCGCCGAUGUCCUUCUCGCGUGCUCCGAGCUCCUGAAAUUCCGCCACAUCGAGCCCCUCGCCAAGAUUAUAACAAAGGUUGAAAAAGUACAUACUUAUAUCCAUGAAUGGCAGUUUGGCGGUUGGGCUAGUCGUGCAAAUUCUGCCUUGGAGCUGUAUGAUAAGCUUACUCAGACGAUCGUCGGCUGGAGACGACUGGAGCUUAGUACUUGGGCAAAGCUGUUUGAGAUGGAGAGCCAGACUUGCGACGAUGAUGCUAGGAGUUGGUUCUUCAUUGCUUAUGAAGUCGUUGUUGCUGUGCCGUUGCAGAUUUCCGAUUCGCCCGAGGAGCUCAAAGUGUACGCGCAGAAAUUGCUGAAGGAUCUGGAAGCGUAUUUCUCGACUGCUAUUACAGGCCAGUUCGUGCAAAGACUACAGUUGCUCAAGCAGUUACGUCAGCAUGUCGGGUUGCUAGCUGUUGACAUGCCGCAUCUUUCCAUUAUCCACGCGGCACUUUCAAAUUUCAUAGCGCUAUAUGCGCGGUAUGAGAAGCCUGUUACGGAACACUUGAAGAAGGGUCGAACCGGGCUGGAAAAGGCUAUGAAGGAUGUUUUGCUACUUGCGAGCUGGAAGGACACGAACAUUGUGGCACUGCGAGAUAGUGCCAAGAGAUCUCACCACAAGCUGUUCAAGAUCGUACGCAAGUUUCGCUCGCUGCUUGGACAGCCAAUGGAGUUUGUGCUCAAAGGCGGGCUGCCUGACGAACCCACUUCCCUACUCAACGAAAUCAAGUCUACCCCGGUUCCAGGUGUCGACGAAUCCGCUCUCGCCUUGUGCGCCAGCUCUGUACCAGACUGGUCCACUAAAAGCAAGCGAUUUGUUAACGUCAACAAGACCGUCUCUAUGAUGGCCAACACCGCCCAGCUGCCAACCUCCGCAAUCGAAGCCUCGCUAUAUCUCGAGUCCUUCCUGGCCAAUAUUAUUGACUCCAUAGCGGAGCUCCAGAAAGCCACGCCCUCAACUCUGACAGAAGAUAACAAAGUCGAGGUCAAGCAUCUCAAAUCCCGCAAACGCAAGCUCUUCGCCGAAACCCUGAAAGAGCUGCGCCAGAUGGGCAUCAAAUACAACCUCGGCGCCAAUGUCCUCGCGCAACAAGAAUCCUUGUCACUGGUCUUGGCUGGUGUCGGGGUUGUAAGCGAGCUUGAAGUCGAGGGCAUGGAGUAUUAUUUCCACAAAGCUGUCGAGAUGGCGCCGAGAGUCCGAGCAGCUGUACGACAGCACUCUGAAGAUUUAAGUAGUGCCGAAGUGGCUAGGAGUACGGGGUUUCUCGAAGGUCUGCUUCACGUUAUUUUGGCACAGAGGAAUGAACUUGCUGCUGCUCUCAAGGGGAUGACUUCCGUGGAAGCGAAGAUCACGAUGGUGAAGGGUCUUUGGGCACCGGGCUCUUACACAGUUAGAGCAUCACAGUCGUCGUCGAACCACAAGAAGCUGCUGAGAUGGUUGCCGAAUGUUCUGGUAGUCGCGGCGGAGCUGGUCACGGUUCAUGCCAAGCUGGGCAAGAUUGAUUCGAAGGACGUUCUUGGGAUGUUGGCUUUGUGGAAUGAUCGGUUUGUGCAGUUUGCGAGGCAGUGGGAUGAGCUUGCUACGCUUCCUUCUGGUAUUGUGUCGACGGAAUCCAUGGCGCUCGAGGAGAAUAUCACGGAUGCUGCAGAGCAACUUAGGAUCGAGUUAUCGGAUAUCAGUAAGCAGCGUCCUGAUCUGGCUUUUGUUGUCAAGCAGAUCCUGCCAUGGGUUGGCAUUGCUACCUCGAGCCAGCCUAGAUCUCCGGAAUCACAUACCACUGCAGAGCUCGACCAGAAACUCUCCACAGUCUGCGACACCGUCCUUGUUGCAAUUGAGAAGUACAAGAAGGCUGUUGCGGAAAUGCCAACCUCGACUGAAGACCCCGUUUGGCUUACUAAGAAUAAUACUUGUCUCUCAUCUGCCAUCAAGGCUCUUCACAGCGACAACAUAUCAGAGCAGCUCGAUCUGGCUUUCGAUAUCCUCCCCUGCGUCAACCUCGGAGAUGAACACACCAGCAGAUCGGCCGGCGCAAUCUUUGCUGUCGCCCUUCCAAUCCUCCAACAAUAUCUCAAUAUUCUCCAAGAGAGUGUCACUCGCUAUGGGCACCUCCACCGCACGACCUGCAAAACCUCCUACAUCCUCGCCAAAACUUUCGCACAGAUCGCCACAUCAGGAUUCUGCACGCCCGCCGAGAAAUCCUCUGCUCAGGAUGGUCAAACGGAGAAACUCGAAGGCGGAACCGGUCUCGGCGAAGGUGAAGGCGCAGAAGACAUCAGCAAAGACAUUCAAGAUGACGAGAACCUCGACGAGCUGGCCCAAGAGCCUAACCAAGAGAAAGGCGAUAUUGAAGAUGAGCAGGAUGCAGUCGAUAUGGCGGACGGCGACAUGGAAGGCGAAAUGGGAGAUGCGGAGGAGAAGGAAGACGGUGACGGCGAUGAUGAGAAUGAGGAGAGCGGGGAUGAGAUGGAUGAGGAGGCCGGGGAUGUGGAUGAUCUUGAUGCUAACGCUGUGGAUGAGAAGAUGUGGGAUGGGGGAGGGGAGGAUAAUGAUAAGGAGCAGGAGGGGGAUCAGGCGAAGGGAGAGCAAAAGCAGGAUGAGCAGGUUGCUGGGGAGGAGAAUGGCAAGGAGAAUCAGGCGAAGCAGGAGGAAGGUGAUGAAGGGGAAGUAGAUGAAGAGGAAGAGGAGCUAGAAGGAGCAGAAAUGGGCGAGGAUGUUAAGCAGCAGGACGAUGUUGAGAAACAUGAUCCGCAUGCUGAGGAGGGGGAGGCUUUGGAUCUGCCCGAGGAUAUGGAUUUGGACGGGGAUGAGGGCAGUGAGAAAGCGGACAAUGACGAGAUGGGAGACCUGUCUGAUGUUGAGGGGGAAGAGAAAGAGGAGGAGGGGGAAGAGGUGAAGAAUGAUGGAAAAGAAGAAGAAGAUUCAAAUGGACAGGAGGAUCAGCAAAUCGACGAUGAGAUGGACGUUGUUGACCUCGACGAAGAGCACAAUGAUGAAGGCGAAAAGACCGAAGAGGCUGGCGAGAAGGUUGAAGAAGAGUCGGCAGAGAAAGAGCUUGACAAACAGGAAGGUCUCCUGCGGGAUCGCGAUGACCAUGCGAAUGCCGAUGCUGAUAACGCCGUUCCAAGCGACGUCCAAGGAGUGGGCGAAGACCAGGAAGAGAACGCACGUGACGACAGGACCGAGUCGCAAAGCAGAGCCCAACGCGAAGACGGUGGGGAGGGCGGCGAGUCCUCUGAACAGAAAGAUGCCGCUGCUGAAGAUGGUGAGAAAGGUCGACAGGCCAAUGGUGACGCACCACAAGAUUCCCGUGACGAGACAGAAGACACUUCGGCUGCUCAACCGUUCAAGAAGCUUGGUGAUGCGCUCGAGAGAUGGCACCGACAGCAGUCCAAGAUUCGGAAUCCUGAAGAGAGAAAGGAUCAAGAAAAAGGCAAGGAUGAGGCUAUGGAUGUCGAUAAAGAAACAUCUGAGUUUCAGCAUUUGCAAGAUGAGAAUGCAGAGGCUGAUGCACAAGCCCUCGGUACUGCUACUGAAGACCAGGCUAAGGCAUUGGAUGAAAGCAUGGCAGUCGACGAAGAGAGCAAAGAGCUUCCAGAGGAGUUCCAGCCCGAUGAAGUGCAAGCCGAUGACAUCGAGCACGAUGGCAUGGACGUCGAAGAGCCCUCCACGCCAAAGGAAAAAGAGCAAUCCGAUGCCUACGAGGGUCGCGCCGGGGCAAUGAUCAAACAGUCCAAUCCCGACCUCGACGCAACCCUGGAUCCCAAGGCUCAAGUGCAAGACCUCGAAGAGGACGUCGAGGAAGUCGACCGCGAACUCGAAAGCACGCACCUCGAUCCUUCUCUAACCCUGAAAUCUGCCUCCGAUGCCCGCGCGCAAUGGAUGCACUACGAAGGCCUCACUCGAGACCUCUCCCUAUCACUCACCGAACAACUUCGCCUCAUCCUCGCUCCAACCCUUGCAACGAAAAUGCGCGGUGACUUCCGCACCGGUAAGCGACUGAAUAUCAAACGCAUCAUCCCGUACAUCGCCUCCCAGUACAAGCGCGACAAGAUCUGGAUGCGGCGCUCAGUGCCGUCGAAACGCUCUUACCAAAUCAUGCUCGCGGUGGACGACUCGAAAUCCAUGGGCGAGUCCGGCAGCGGUGCCCUCGCCCUCGAGACGCUGGUCAUGGUCAGCAAGAGCCUGAGCAUGCUCGAAGUUGGCCAGAUCUCGGUCGUGGGCUUCGGGGAGAGGGUCAAGGUGGCGCACGAUUUCGAGACGCCUUUCAGCGCCGACGCCGGCCCAAACCUCCUAUCGCAAUUCUCCUUCCGCCAGGACAGGACGGACGUCACGAGUCUCGUGCGAGAGAGCAUCAAUCUGCUCCGCGCCGCGAGACAGGGCGCGGCGGGUUCCCCGGCCGACCUGUGGCAGAUCCAACUCAUCAUCUCCGACGGCGUGUGCAACUCCUCCGAGCACGACGCCAUCCGCCGCCUGCUGCGCACCGCGCUCGAAGAGCGCAUCAUGAUGGUCUUCGUCAUCGUGGACGACGUGCGUGGCAAGCGGAAGGGCGAGAGCAUCCUCGAUAUCCGGGAAGCGAAGUUCCAGGAUGGGAAGGUCGAGAUGGAAAGGUACAUCGAGACGUUUCCCUUCCGCUACUUCUUGGUGGUGGGCGACGUGAGGGAGCUGCCGGCGGUGUUGGCGGGGGUGCUGCGGAGCUGGUUUGGAGAGGUCGUCGAUGCUAGCUAG